CCGACUAUUUUCCUCUUCGGUCGCGCUCGCCGGUUUACCUCUCCACCGCAGCUCCGUUGGCAUUUGAUCGCGCGAACCUUCUCUUCUCAGCAUAAGUCCGCGGAAGGAAGUGAGAAGGGCGAAGGUGGAAGCUUUUUCGCCGAGGAAGGCGUCUCCUGGCAGUCACUGAGAAUCUCCGACCGCCUUAUCCGAGCUCUCUCCGGCUUUGAGCUGCACAGGCCCUCUGGGGUCCAGGCUGCAUCCAUACCACAUAUACUAACAGGCAGUGAUGUUAUAGUUGCUGCAGAGACCGGUAGCGGCAAGACACACAGCUACCUGGUUCCUUUGAUUCACAACUUGUGUGGAAAUUCUGAUCCUGAAACUAGUAGUGCUAAAGAAAUUACUGAAUCACGAAAAAUGUCUUUGGUUCUUUGCCCAAAUGUGAUGCUAUGCGAGCAAGUAGUUCAGAUGGCAGACAGUCUUGUGGAUGAUUUUGGUAAACCACUCGUAAAAGUUGCUGCUGUAUGUGGGCAACGAGGAUGGCCUAUAGCUGAACCCGAUAUUCUCGUGUCGACCCCAGCUUCUCUUUUGAACUACCUUUUUGAAUUUGACCCCAAAGAAAGACGCCGCGAUAGUUUCAUACGCAAUGUCAAAUCCGUGGUAUUUGAUGAAGCAGAUUUGCUUCUUUGCGGAAGCUUUCAAAACCAAAUUAUUCGAAUAAUAAAUAUGUUACGUUUCGAAGAGAAGCUGGUGUCUCAGAUGCGAAACCCUGAAAACCAUCUUUCAGAUGAUGUGAGUAAAAGACGAGAAACAAAGUUUGGAUCCGAAGACGAGGAACAACUGCAGCUUGUCAGCGACCAGGAUGUUGAGAGUGAAAAUGAUAUAGUAAAUUUUGAAAUUUCGAUGAACAAUGUCAAUGAGGUUGAGGCUCCAAUUAAGGAUUGGAGGAGAGUAAGAAAAGUUUAUUUGCGCAGUAAGCAAUAUAUGUUUGUUGCUGCCACCCUUCCAGUAAAUGGUAAAAAAACUGCUGGUGGGUUAUUGAAAAGGAUGUUUCCUGAUGCCAUUUGGGUUAAUGGGAAUUUUCUUCAUAAACACAAUCCCAGAUUGGAACAAAGAUGGAUAGAAGUUACUACUGAUACUAAGGUAGAAGCUCUUCUAAAGGCUGUAAAAUCCUGUCAUGUAAAAAAACUGGGAAGCUCCAUUGAUGAUGUCUGCAGGACCAUGGUGUUCACUAAUACCGUCGCUGCUGCUGAAUCAGUGGUUAAAAUAUUUCGUAUUGCUGAAAUCGAAUGCUCUUCUUACCAUAGUGAGAGUUCCCUCGAGGAACGGGCGAAUAAUUUGAUAGAUUUUCGAGAAAAUGGUGGGGUUCUUGUUUGCACGGAUGCUGCAGCUCGUGGUCUUGACAUACCGAAUGUUGCACAUGUUAUUCAGGCUGAGUUUGCAAGCUCUGCUGUAGACUUUUUACAUAGAAUUGGUCGAACUGCAAGAGCUGGUCAAUCUGGUAUUGUCACGAGCUUAUAUACAGAUUCAAAUAGAGAUCUUGUAGCUGCUGUUCGUCAGGCGGUGAUAACCGGCCAGCCCGUGGAAAACGCAUUUAGUCGGAAGAGGAGCUUCAGAAAUAAGAUAAAGAAAAGAGGUCGAAGCAGGGCUGAUGAAGCACCCACAGUAGCAGCAUAAGGCUGGCUUGAUUGGACUUUUUCUCUUCUGUUUCGCUGUUUGCCAUGGCCUCCAGCUAAGAACUGCUGCCAGGGUUCAAAUGUCAAAAGCUGCAAAUUACAACUACAAAUAUAUAAUGAUGUGAUUGAAAGAUGUUUCGGCCGGGAGCCAGCUAGCAAGUGUUUUUUUCUUAAGUCCCAAUC